CACACUCAGUUAAUGCGAGCUCAGGAGGGGAAAUAGAGGACGUGCUGGAGGAGAGACCGCUGAGAGAGAAGAGGAGAGGGGCGGAUAGUGUCCCCCCGACCGGCACAUUUUUACAGUAUUUAAUUUAUUCAUUAUUGCGUUUGACUAUAUCGUGAUUAGAAGAAAGAUGUCUCAGUCAGACAAUAAGAAAUUCUUCGAGAACCUGACAGGCGCUGGGAAAGCCAUAGCAGUGCUAACGAGCGGAGGAGAUGCCCAAGGGAUGAAUGCUGCUGUUCGGGCUGUUGUCCGUAUGGGAAUCUAUGUCGGAGCCAAAGUGUAUUUUAUUCACGAGGGAUAUCAGGGUAUGGUGGACGGGGGCGACAACAUCGAGGAGGCGAAAUGGGAGAGUGUGUCCAGCAUGCUACAAGUGGGCGGCACCGUUAUCGGAAGCGCGCGAUGCAAAGAGUUUCGAACACACGAGGGCCGUCUGAAAGCGGCUCAUAACCUGGUGCGGAAGGGCAUCACUAACCUGUGCGUGAUUGGUGGAGAUGGGAGCUUGACCGGGGCCAAUCUCUUUAGAGAGGAGUGGAGCGGCCUCCUGGCUGAGCUUCUUGAGCAGGGUCUAAUUGAUGAAGAGGCAACUCAGAUAUACUCUGCCCUUCACAUCGUGGGGAUGGUGGGCUCCAUCGACAAUGACUUCUGUGGCACAGACAUGACCAUAGGCACAGACUCGGCCCUUCACAGAAUCAUUGAGGUGGUGGAUGCCAUCAUGACAACAGCUCAGAGUCACCAGAGGACAUUUGUUCUGGAAGUGAUGGGCAGGCAUUGUGGUUAUCUGGCAUUAGUGAGUGCCCUGGCAUGUGGAGCCGACUGGGUGUUGAUUCCUGAAAUGCCCCCUGAGGACGGCUGGGAAGAGAAAAUGUGUCAGAAACUCUGUGCGACUCGAUCCAGAGGUUCGAGGUUGAACAUAAUCAUAGUCGCUGAAGGAGCCAUUGACAGACAUGGGAAAGCUAUUACCUCUAGUAUUGUCAAGGAUCUGGUGGUUCGCCGUCUGGGCUUUGACACGCGUGUGACCAUCUUGGGCCACGUCCAGAGAGGCGGGACCCCCUCUGCUUUUGACAGGAUUUUGGCCAGUCGCAUGGGUGUGGAGGCUGUUCUGGCGCUGCUGGAGACCACCGCAAACACAGCAGCUUGUGUAGUGUCUCUGUGUGGAAACCAGUCUGUGCGGCUGCCGCUCAUGGAGUGUGUGCAGAUGACUCAGGAGGUGCAGAAGGCCAUGGAUGAGAAGAGAUUUGAGGAGGCCGUGCAGCUGCGUGGCAGGAGUUUUGAGAACAACUUGAAGACUUAUAAACUUCUGGCUCAUCGCAAACCAGAGUCUGAGCUGCCACAAAGCAAUUUUAACGUGGCCGUGUUGAACGUUGGAGCUCCCGCUGCGGGCAUGAACGCGGCCGUGCGCUCUGCCGUCAGAGUGGGCAUCUCUGAGGGACACAAAAUGUUUGCUGUCAAUGAUGGUUUUGAAGGAUUCUAUAAGGGACAGAUCAAAGAGAUCAAAUGGGCAGAUGUUGGUGGCUGGACUGGCCAAGGUGGAUCUCUCUUGGGAACUAAACGAACCCUUCCUGCGAAACACGUUGGCAAAAUUGCAGAACAGAUGCGGAAAUAUAACAUAAACGCACUGUUAGUCAUUGGAGGAUUCGAGGCGAUAGAGUGUCUGCUGCAGCUGUAUGAGGCUCGCUCCAACUAUGAGGAGUUUUGCAUCCCGCUGUGUAUGCUGCCUGCUACCAUUAGUAACAAUGUGCCCGGCACUGACCUCAGUAUCGGGGCAGAUACGGCCCUCAAUGCCAUUGUGGAGACAUGUGAUCGCAUCAAACAGUCAGCCAGCGGUACGAAGCGCCGCGUGUUCAUCAUUGAGACGAUGGGGGGAUACUGUGGUUAUCUGGCCAGUGUUGGUGGUCUGGCAGCUGGAGCAGAUGCUGCGUACAUCUACGAGGAGCCGUUCGACAUCAGAGACCUGCAGGCGAAUGUGGAGCACUUGACAGCAAAAAUGAAGACCAGCAUUCAGAGAGGACUUAUUCUGAGGAACGAGAACAGUAAUGAGAACUACACCACAGAUUUCAUCUAUCAGCUCUAUUCAGAAGAGGGCAGGGGUGUGUUUGACUGCAGGAAGAAUGUUCUGGGACACAUGCAGCAGGGUGGUGCACCUUCUCCAUUCGACCGUAACUUCGGGACCAAAAUCGCUGCUAAGGCCAUGCAGUGGAUCACCAAGAAACUGAAUGAGAGCUACAGGCAAGAUGAAGGUAAAGAUUUGUAUUUUAAUCACAAAAGUUUAUUUUAUCCACAGUGCAUUUGACCCGCAUUAGUGACCUUUUUAAAAGCCUGUCCUUUCAUCUUGCUUGAAAACAACCUCUAAAUCCUUAGAGAUUUGCCAAAUUGUGUGGUGUUAUUUGGCGCACAUUUAUCAUGCUGUUGUAAACAUGAUGCUUUAAAGUCCCCCUAUGGGCGAUAAUUUUAUGUUUCAAUUUAUUCGUUAAAACUAAUCUUUGACCAUCAAAAUUACAUAUUUAAAAGUUUUUUUUCCUGUGAAAACAGCUUUUCCUGCCUUAAAAUAGCCUGAAAUGUAACUCUACACCUCAGCUUAAGUAUACACAGAUACAUGAAUAUGCAAAUUAGCCCCACCUCCACUCAAUCGCACUCGGCAGUUCCAGACGCUGCUAAAACCGAAAGUGAAACUGAGAGCUGACACAACAGUGCAAUGAUCAUUUUAGCCCGAAUCUAUACGCUAUCUUUGCAUAUUUGCUUAAAACUGCUGAUCCACAGGGGUGAAAUGAGUGGAUGUGAUUGGUUACAGGUUUAUGAUGUCAUUAACUGGGGCAGUUUCAAACCGCACUUUUUAAACAGUUUUUGGUAAACUCCAGCUAUUUAAAGAAAAUACUCAGCAAUGGUUUAAAAUGAUAAAUUUGCACAUUAGUUCACCACAUAAACAUAUAAACAAAAUUGAAAAACUUUAUUUUCACAACAGGGGGUCUUUAAAAAUAAAAUGACAUUGACAAAUGACAUAUUAGUGCAGUAUAAAGUAGCUUUGGACUAAAAUUGUAAAUGUAUGGUGAAUUAUAUUGAUAUUUAUAUAUUUGUAGGGCUGUGCAUUUAACGCGAUAAUUAUAAUUAAUGGGUUAUGGAAAAUGAACGCGAUUAACAUUUUUAGCACACAGACAUACAGUAAGUAGGUCAUCUUACAUUUCAUACAGUUGAUUGAUGACAAAUAUGAUGCUGGCAACAACUUACUGCGUGAUAUAACAUACCAAAUACUGUCAGAGAAAACCUAAAAUGAAAGAUAUCUGUGCAAAAUGACCCUGAAUGAGCUUUUGACUCGUAUUUAUUUAAUUAUGCAAUCACACAAGCGCAAUAUCAUAGCAGUGCUACUUUUGUCCAGAAAACUACGAGUGCACAUGUCAUGUUGAUUUUAUGCAACAGUUAAUUAAAUAAGAAAUUAAUUUUAAGAUUUAUUUUAUAGACAACAUUGUCCUCAGGAAAAGUGUUGCGUGUCUCGGAGGAACACACAGCGUGGUUUUGUUUCUAAAUGAAUUAAGUUUCUUGAGCGAAUCAAUUGGGUGAAUCAAUUAAUCAGUGGCUCAUUCAUAAAGAGUCAUUUACUGCAUUCCUGAAUUAAUUUCAUUUACCGCCACUUACUGGCAGUUUUUAAUUCUUCAAAGAAUUUUAACAGUAUUCAAAUAAAAAAGUUAAAUAAUAAAAAUACUAUUAUAUUGGUGAUAGUUUGCCCUCCCAAAAAAUGUCUGCUUAUUUAAAUUCACUUACCCUUAUGUCGUUUCAAACUUGAAUUACUAUUUAUUUGGGGAAAAGGAAGAUAUUUCUUAAGAAUGUUAGUAACCAAACUGUUGGUCUUUUAUUAUAAUAAUUCAGCUUCUGAAAAAAAAUCAAAAUUAUGGCCGUUUGAGCUUCUGAACAUCUGAAGCUACUUUCUGUAUUGUCCUGUUUUGGCUUUGGAGUGAUAUUUUAGCCCCAUAUGUUAUCUGUGAUUAAAUUGCGAUUACUUAGAUUUAUCGCAACAUGUAAUUAAUUAGAUUAAAAGUUUUAAUCGCUUCACAGCCCUAGUGCAAAUAUAUUAAUACCUAAGUAUUCAUACAAGUAUAAAUAUAAUUGUUACCUGAUAUAAUAAUGGCCUUUUUAAUAAUAAUUGAUUUACAACAAUCCAUUAACCUGUUUACAUAUCGUCAAACUUUUAAAAUGAAUAUUUCCUUUUUUAAUGUUUAGGAUAUAUCAAUGAGCUAAUGUUGUUUUUAAAAAAUAAAUAACGCCAAAUCUGUUUUUACGAUCCAUGAGUGCAUGUUGAUUUAUGAGUAAUGCUAUUCAUAAUGUAGUUUUCCCAUGCUAGCUGUAAAGUCAUAUCAUGAACUUUCUCAACAUCUCAUUCUCGUGUUUGUUCAUACU